UCAGUUUUUCUCUCCAGAUUUUUUUCGUUUGGUCUUCUUCGAUUCACACACAUCCUCUGUUUCCAUGGAUGAGGAAGGGGGAGAGGUAACCAUCCCUUCAAGUUCCAGGACUAUCGCCCCUGAGAAUAGUAAUGAUGUUCUUGCACGUGUGGCCCAUAUCGUGAGGACUCUCGUUCAGAUUAUUGUGGGCAUUCUCGCAUUUGUGGCCAAAAUCGUGAGGACUAUCGCUGAGGUUAUUAUUCAUGUUCUCGGACGUGUGGCCGAUAUCGUGAGGAUUCUCAUUCAGAUUAUUCUGUUGGUUCGCAUAUUUGUGCCCAAAUUCAUGAGCAAGUUUUUCGAUUUCGGCGACGAAUACUACAAUCAUGAAAUGAAAAAGAAGGGACUUCUUUGGCGCGUCUUCUUUUCUCCAUUAACGAGGAAAAAUGCAUUUAUAAUAUCAUGUAUUGCAGUGUCAAUAGAUCCUUUGUUCUUUUACAUUCCAGUCAUCGAUGAGAAGAACAAGUGCCUUGGAAUAGACAAAAGGUUGAAGACUGCAGCUCUUUGCUUGCGAGCACUUCCUGAUGCCGCUUUCGUACUGCAUACUAUAAAUCAUGUGUUUAUGCUACUUGGUGGAGUGCUUAUAAGUUGGGUGCCCUGGAUUCGGGUGCCAGAGGUUGGUGCUUUUGUAUUCCUCGUUGGAAUACUUGGAAUACUUGUAAUACUUGUCUUCAGCUUUUUGAGUAUAUUAAUUGGCGCUUUCCUUAUCCUUCCCAUCCCACAGUUGGCAAUAGUAGUUUUCUUUUUCAAGUCAGCAGGCUCUGGACAUUUCGGCCAAAGAGUGACCACCGUGAACGUGUUCCUUGUUAUGCAUUAUCCGGCCAGGGUUUUCUUAAUCUACAGAUUCAGUAAAUAUCUCAAGAACAAACCCAAAACAGGGGUUCAAGCUGCAUUAUAUUUUUUCUUCUACGUUCUUUCUAGUCAUGUACUUGGAGGUUUUUGGUAUUUCUUUUCUAUUCAACGAGAGAUAUCAUGCUGGCAUCAAUUCUGUGAAAAUGCUAUAAGUUGUGGAGCCACUGAUUAUUGCAGUGGCAGUACUUCACGAAAUAUCACCUUCCUAAAUGAGUUAUGCCCGUCAAAUCCACCAAAUGCUACCGUAUUUAAUUUUGGAAUAUUUCUUGAUGCCAUUCAAUAUGGAAUCACAAGAUCAAUGCAUUUUCCAACCAAGUUCUUUUACUGCGUAUGGUGGGGCGUCAGAAAUCUAAGUAACUUUGGUACGAAUAUGCAAACAAGUAGCUAUGUGUGGGAAAACUGCUUUGCAAUUAUCGUUUCUUUGAUUGGCCUGCUAUUAUUUUUAUAUCUCCUUGGAAACCUACAGAUAUAUAUGCAACAAGCACUCCAAAAAUCGUUGGAUAAGGAGGAGUUAGGACGGAAGAUAGAUAAGAAAAAAAAAAAGAUAAAAAAGUGCAUGGAAAUGCAUGGCAUUUCAAAUGAUACGGUUGGAAGAAUUUUGGGUGGUAUUAGAGAAAACAAAUUGGAAAAAAACAUAGAUGGUGAAGUGGAUGUGAAUUAUAUCUUCUCUGUUCUUAAUAAGGAUAAGAGAGAAAUUAUGAGACACGAUAUUUGUUGGAAGAAGCUGAAAAAUGCAAAGGAACUUCAAAAUAUGAAUGAUCAAGACUUGCAAAUGAUCUGCCCCUAUCUCAAGCCAAAGAUCUUCAAGGAGAAUGAGAUUUUGGUUGAAGCGGGACAGCCACUUAACGCAAUGCUCAUUAUUAUAGCAGGCUCUAUGCAGGCAUACCUGCCAAUUAGGGAUGUUGGAGAUGCACAUCCCUCAACCUCAUUUGAAACUCUUGGCAAAGGUAUGCUUGUUGGAGAACAACUUCUGGAUUGGGCAGCAAAAACCAAAACUUUCGAUGACCAGCCUGUUUCGUUCAAAACUAUCCGAUGUUCCGAAAAAGUAGAAGCCUUUGCUCUCACCGUUGAUGACUUUAGUGAACAUCAAAGUCAAGAUGUCAAAAGGUGACUUUCGCACUAUUUAUGCUGCUUUGCGUAUACAUGACAAACAUGAGAAACUACAAGCAAUAUUUUUGUGGAUGGCAAGAAA